GAGGAAUUAGAGUAGCCUAGCCUCAACUGACCCGAAGAGCGUUCACCAGCCAGUAAGCAAGCCGCCAGUAGCUCUUGAAGAGACCAUUUCCGCAGACGCACUAAAUCGGCGCAAAGACAUGGCGACUGACACAUCACUGCCCAGCCUGGAGGAUGAGCUCACAUGCAGCAUCUGCAUGUGUAUUUUUGAAAGCCCCGUUACACUCCCCUGUGGUCAUAACUUCUGUCAGGGCUGUUUGGAUGUGGCCUGGAAAGAAAAUGUCCCCCUGGCAUGUCCUCACUGCAGGCACACAUACUCCAGCAAACCCGAGCUGAAGAAAAACACUGUCCUAAGUGCCAUUGUUGAAACCAUCAAAACAUCUUCAUCGGAGUCGGACUAUUCCAAAGAUGUACCAGUCAAGCAGGAAACAGAUGUUGUCAAAUGUGAUACCUGCAUUGAGGUAAAAGCAUUUAAGACCUGCCUUACAUGCAUGGCCUCAUUCUGUGAAGAACAUCUGAAGCCGCACGAGGAAAAUCCCGUUUUCCGCGCGCACCAACUGACCGACCCGUUAGGAGACCUGCAGGAACGGAUUUGCCAGGACCAUUGCAAGAUCAAAGAGUUCUUCUGCAAUCAACAUGAGUGCAGUAUCUGCAGCACCUGUCUGCAGGCGCACCGAGAUUGCGACUACACCACCCCACAGGAAAGACGAGAACAGAAAGAGUCUGAGAUAAGUGGUAUGUUGACUUUGCUUGAGAGAAAGAUCGACAAGAACAACAUCGUUAUCGCCCAAAUGAGGCAGCAGGAGUUGGAGCUACAGGAUGAUGCGGUUGCUCGUAAGAAGAUGGUGAACACAAAGUAUCAGCUCAUGAGGGAUCUGAUCGACAGGGACGAGCAAGAUGCUUUGAGAGCCGUGGAUAAGGAAUUGGAGAGUGGUCAGACCAAGCUCCAGUCUCUAACAAAGAUGUUUGGUCAGAAUGUGGAGAAGAUGAGCCACGCCAAAGUGGAGCUCAGUGACCUUCUGUCAAGAGUGGAUUCCAUGUCCUUCCUGCAGGCUUCAGUCCAACUGCCCUUCAACGCCAAAUUUGACCCUUACUGCCCCCGUAUGAACACAGACUCUGAAGCUGUGACAGCCUAUCAGUCCUCUGCGGUUGCUGUGAAGCAGCUACUGGACAAAAUUCUGAGUGUACCAGCAGAAAACCGCAUCUCACUUCUGGCAGCUUUUGAGAAGGUUCCUGACAAAGGUGACAUCUUAGAAGUCUCCUCUCCAGCACCUGAGGUGGCCUGUCAAAAGUUAAUCUCAGAUGCUCGUCAGGUCCGAGAAAUGGCCACUCCAACAAUGCCAGAGCUGCCCCAGGAGAGGAAUUACAGCCCUGGUUACAACCGGACUCCUGGGCCGGUGUAUUACCACCCCCCACCCCCUCAGGUGGUGCAUGUUGUGCACUUUCAACCUGCUCAGAAUCCAGGUGGACAGAAAACUCAUCCAACUCAUCCACACAAGAAGCCAGACACCAGCAAAGGGCAAAAGAAAGCAGAAAAAUCAGAGCACCACCAUCGUGACAAAGACAAGAAGCCAGACGCCAGCAAAGGGCAAAAGAAAGCAGAAAAAUCAGAACACCACCAUCAUGACAAAGACCAUGGGAAGAAGACGCCCAAACCGACCCCUUCAGGGAAGCCGCCUACUCAGUCCUCUGGAUCCUCAGGGAAGCCGCCUACUAAGUCCUCUGGGUCUUCUCGGCCAGCUAGUGCACCUACUAAGUCCUCUGGAUCUUCUCGGCCAGCGAGUGCGCCAUCUCGGCGUGGAAAAUGACAGGCUAGGCUCACAUGAUGGUCACUCUCAGUCAUGGUUCUCUCCCAUCACAGCUGAGCGGAUUCAGCCAAGUACUUCUGAAAUGUGUGCAGGCUUUGCUUUGGCAAUGUAUAUAAUAUGAAAGAAGGUACUGUAGUGCCCUUAUUCAGGAGGGAUGGCAAUCUGCAGCAAGCCUAUUUAUCAGUUGUUUAAUCACAUAAGAGAGGUUUCUGCAAGCCAUAUCAAUGGGCCCUAAUCAUUGGCUAGAUACAAAUGCUGUGAGCAGCGUCUAAUAUUUUCAAUAUCAAUGCAGAGAACAUACAUAUAAUAUUCUUGCUUUUGCAAGAUAGAUAAUAGAUGUAGAAAAAUUAAUUUAAUUAAAAAUUGUGUGAUGUAACAAUGUCUAUAAUAUGUUUUGCUAGAUACAGUAUGUGAUCACUAAAAACAAUUUAGACUGGAUUAUCUAGGACUUAUAUUAUUAUGUGUUCAUUGUUUGGGUUUCUGCAUGCUUUUGUGAGAAACGUUUUUUAAAUAAUUAAGACAGUAGUUACAUUGUUGAAGUUGUUUUAUGUUUGUCUUGUUCUGAGGGCCAGUUACAUCUGGUGCAAGGUCUGUUUGCUCAUGUGACCCUGUUCCACAGUGACUAAUACGUUUACUGUCAAUCUUGAGGUCAUACUAGCUGUCCUUUGGAUCAGUUCUGUCCAUGGACCAGAUCUUGACAUUCUCCUGUCUCAAUUAAUAGGAAGCCCACAUAAUAGAGAUCAGUCAUUUGAAACAUGACAUCCCUUGACUCACUGCCUGAAGUGAGUGCACCCAUUGCUGUUUUCCGUGGUAAGGCUUCAGCCAAAGACCCACAUUAACCCUCUCUGCAUCAGCAGUUGCUGCACAUACUGUUGUACAACACAACACCAAGCUCACUGCCAGGAACAGUGAGUAGGUUUUCCAGCAGGCUUGUGCACAAUUCCGAAUUUUAGAAUUGGCCUCCAUUCAGUUCAUGAAUUGGAAUUUGAAUUGAAUUGGCCCCACCCCACAGGAAGUUGAAUUGGAAUUGGAAUUGGAAUGACAGGAAGUGGAAUUCAAUUCAUGGCAAUUCAAAACAAUUCCAGUCACAUAACAGGAAGAAUGUCUUGAAUCUCACAUACAUUCAGUUUUGGGAAGGUUACUUUGAAUAUGUAACUGAUAACUGUUUUCAAUUAUAAGUUGUGUGUUUGUUGCAUCAUAUCUGACAUAUUUUGUGAAACUUCAUUGUUUAACACUACCCUUAAAUUAUGUAUAUGAAUUUCUUUGAAUUUCAUUUAAUUUCAAUUCUUUCCUUUAAUUCAAAUUCAAAUUGUAAUUCUGCAUCCUGUUUUUGACCUCAAUUCAAAUUCAAUUCAAACUCAAGAAUUGAAUUGGAAUUUAGGAGUCAUUCUCAACUCAAUUCUGAAUUUUGCACAAGGCUGUUUUCCAGGAAUGCUGUGUUUGUGUUGGCUGAUCUGACAGGCCUGCUCCCAGGAGAGGAGACUGCAGCUCUGAGCUGAUGUGUCUUAUUCAGUAGGCUACAGAUCUGGUGCGACGAGAGGGACACUGAAUGAAGCUGCAUAGAUGUAAGCAAAAGGACUUGUUCUGCUCCUCUUAGGCUCUUUCUUGUUUUCCUGCUUUAAUUGACAGUGUGGCUCACUCUGUAAUGGACGAUUAAACAUAGGCUAUUAUUAAAACAUA